GGCAUCAUUAUUCAGUCGCACGACAGAAACACCACUACCCACAAUCCUCCUCUGCCGCAUGCGUCCUACGCACUACGGGCCAAAGGCGUUGGUGGUUGGUGUUCGCCCGAAGAUGCACUGCACCCCGGCAGCAUCAGUACCAGCUCCGCCGUGCUAAUAAACCAAAAAACCCGGGGGACGGAGGACGAAUACCGGCGGUGUUUGCGGCUCGAGCGGCACCGGUGCAUCUGAGCGGCAAGAUGGGGGACCAGAAGGAAUCUCUGCGUAAGAUCACCCACACGCUGGCCAUGAAGAAUGAGGAGAUCUCCAACUUCAUCAGUACUCUCAAACAGAGCCUCGACAACCUGGAGGCAAACUCCAACCGGGUGCAGGAGGACCUGCAGUCCGAGUUCACCGCCCUCCACUCGGUUCUGGACGAGAUGAAGGAGAACAUGUUGACACGCAUCAAACAGGAGAGAGCCAGCCGCACAUAUGAGCUGCAGAGUCAGCUGAGCGCCUGCUCCAAAGCCCUGGAGAGUUCAGAGGAGCUGCUGGAGCUGGCCAACCAGACGCUCUGCUCCUCGGAGACGGACGGCUUCUCUCAGGCGGCCAAAGACAUUAAGGAUAGCGUGACAAUGGCUCCAGCCUUUCGUCUGUCCCUGAAGGCUAAAGCCAGCGACAACAUGAGUCACUUGAUGGUGGAUUUCAGCCAGGAGAGGGAGAUGUUGCAGGGUCUCAAGUUUCUCCCAGUUCCCGCCACUCCAGAGAUCCAGGUAUCAGAGUGCCAGGUGUGUGACAACACCGUGACUGUAGUGUGGACCUUACCGGAGCCCGACAGCAAGAUAGACCACUACAUACUGGAACAUCGACGGACAAACCACGAGGGUCCGCCGCGUAUCAGAGAAGACUACCCCUGGAUGGUGGUGGAGGGGAUACGAGAGAUGGAGCACACACUGACGGGUCUGCGCUUUGACACCCGCUACAUUACGUUCAGGGUGAGAGCGUGUAACAAGGCUGUGGCGGGAGAGUUCUCUGAGCCAAUUACACUAGAAACCCACGCCUUCACCUUCAAACUGGACUCAGGCUCAGCCCACCAGAACCUGAAGGUAGAGGACUUGAGUGUGGAGUGGGACAGCAGUGGAGGAAAGGUUCAGGAUAUCCGCAAGGAGAAGAACCGAACCAACUCCCCGAUGCACUCUCCAGCCAGGUCAGCCCUCAUGUCUCCAAAGAGAGCACCGACGGCCCGUCCAGGCAGAGACAGGUUUACAGCAGAGUCCUACACAGUGCUGGGCGACACCAUGAUCGACGCUGGCCAGCAGUACUGGGAGGUUCGCUUCGACAAGGAGAGCAAGGCCUUUGCUGUCGGGGUAGCCCUGCGGAGCCUCGGCCGCUUCGACCAGUUGGGGAAAAGCAGCGCGUCCUGGUGCAUCCACCUGAACAACUGGCUGCAGCAGAGCCUCACAGCCAAGCACAACAACAAGGCCCGAACACUGGACUGUCCCAUCCCCAGCAGUAUAGGCGUCUACGUCAACUAUGAUGAAGGUGUACUGUCUUUCUACAACUCCAAAACUAAGCAGCUGAUGCACACUUUCAAAACCAAGUUCCAGCAGCCAGUUAUACCAGCUUUCAUGGUGUGGAACGGCAGUUUCUCGGUAGUGACGGGCCUGCAGGUCCCCAGCGUGGUGCAGAGCGGACAGAGGAAGAACAGCGGCACCAGCAGCUCCAACGCCAGCCUCACCUAGAUCCAUCCACUCAGCCUGCUGGACGCCGACCAGCUCUGCUCCGACCGCAGUCACCCACCGCAGAACAUCUCCUCUGCCCUGACUGCGGUCAAAGCCAUAUCACGGAAGAGUUGCAUUGCUGGAGUGCGAUGGUUUAACUUGUUCCUCACGUCUGUGUUGCAUGACAACAACAAUGGUCCCAGGAACUAGUGAGUCAUCAGCGCCCUCAGUGACAGGAUUCUUCAGAUGUAUGACUCUGGCUGUUGUGAUUGCUUGGGACACUUUAGGUGUAGUCUUACUAGUUUGCCUCUCUCUACACGUUCAUUUAGCACUGUCCCACUGCUGCUAGAGCAAAGAUUUAGCGCUGGCCGCUGCCCUUCCUUCCUUUUCCAUCACCAAAACUUGUCAGCCGUACUGUCACGCAGCCAGCUGCAGGUGCAGGGUCAGGCCCUGUCCUGUUCUGUCCGCUCUCUCCCUGUGCCUUCCUCGUCAUUUCCAAACUGAUUGGCCAAAUCGGAUGAUCCACACCAACAUGCUAAUAUCUCACUGCAAGAAACAGUCUCACGAUUUCAAUUUAAAACAAUGUAUUGUGUCAGUGUCAGUAUAACCUGGUUGUAUCGUAGCUUAGUGGUGAUUAUUACCUACUGAUGAAUCCGCCUCUUUUCAUCAACCAACCUAUGUAACCCAGAUAACAACCUGCUCAAUAGAAUGUAGUUCAUUACUGAAUCAGGACUUUAUUAAACUCUAUGUUGCCAGCAACUAAUGAACAGCACAUAUUAGGGAUGUUGUGUUUGAAUUCUUGCCAAGGCAUGCAGACUUAACAGUGUUUACUGCAUUUCACUCUGUAGUCAGGGCCCACACUUUGCGUGCGAGAAGCUGGGUCCUUAAGCCUCCUGCUGGGGUUCUGUUAGUCUUAAAUUCGAGUCAGUGUUGGGCUUCAUCUGACAGCCAGACUCUGCACAGAGAGUUAGAGGGAGUUCUCCUUAUUUUAACGUGUGCUGGUGGAGUGGUGGAGUAGAGCCUUCAGACAUGGCUUCAGGAUUUUGGAAAUGACUGUACUGUAUACAUUUUAUUCACCUGACUGCACCCUAAUGCUUGUCUGUAUAGUAUGUAUGUGUCUAUACCUAAUAACACCGCUUUAUUUGCUGCAGAGAGAUCCUGUUAUGAGUAGUGGGCUGCCUGUAGUCCAAAUAUAACAAAUAGCUAGCCAGUAGCUCCAGCUAACAAACUGUGGUAUGAGAGUUAGCCAGGAUCCACCUGGGUAAGGUGAUGUGGUGAACUCUGGAAGUUGUUUACUUUUGUUCUGAAGUCUUUAUUUGUGCACAGCCCGACCUCUGAGUAGCGUCCAUGUCAUAUGUUACACAUGGUAACAGUCUUGCUUUGCCAUGUUGCUCCCUUUGAAUGCGUCUCCUGAAUAACUGUAGCCUGCAAUGCUUUAAAGAAGCGUCCAGCUGAGAAUUAUGUUAUAACUUUAUUUCACAUGCUGACAAGAUGUCACAAUUUAUUGUAAAAAGUUUAAUUUUUCCACUAUAAUGUAUCAGUCAUUGAGGUAAUAAAGGAGUGAGAGCA